UCUAUUUAUAUUGAACUUCUUAUUUGUAAUUACUCAAUGCAUGAUAUAUUCAGAGCAAUGAUGAGAGAAGUUAAUCAAGUUAUCAUUGUUCCACAUAGCACUUGAGAAGCAAACAUGGCGGUGUCAUUAAGAGGUGGUGGUGAAGGUGGUAUGAGUCUGUGGGAGCGGAUAUACCAAGCAUCAUCCUUAAACUUAUAUGUGAUGGCCAUCGUGGGUUGCAAAACCAGAUUAAAUCCUCAAGUCAUAAAAGAAGGUUUCUAUCAAACUCCACUCACACAACCUAGGUUCACCAGCAAGCUAGAGCAUAAGGGAAGGAAAACUAGAUGGAUCCCAACAAAAAUUAAUUUAGACGACCAUAUCAUAAUUCCUAUAAUAGAUUCCAACAUGGAGUUCCAAAAUAGAUUUGUUGAUGACUACAUCUCCAACCUCACCAAAACUCCAUUGGACUUGUCAAAGCCACUUUGGGAACUUCACAUCCUCAAUGUGAAAACCUCAGAUGCUGAAGCUGUUGGUGUUUUUCAGAUCCACCAUUCGUUGGGGGAUGGUAUCUCUCUCAUAUCACUCCUCCUUUCUACUACUCAGAAAACCUCUCACCUUGACGCUUUACAAACGGAGCCAUCGCUGAAGAGAGAGAGCACUAACUCAUGUAUAUACCAUCGUUACAACUCAUUCCGGUUGCUCUUCUUAGCUAUUUGGUGGUGGUUGGGCCUGAUUUGGCACACUGUGGUGGACAUGGUGCGUUUUGUUUUGACCAUUAUGUUCAUUAAGGACACUCAAACCCCUCUAAAAGGUUCACCAGGAGUCCAACUCAAUACAAAGCGGUUCGUGCACUCCAUGAUUAGUAUGGAUGACAUCAAGCUCCUGAAGAAUGAAAUGAAAGCGUAUGUGCAUUUGUUUUUUAUGAGCGGCGCGUUGAUUGGAGAGAGGUGUUGUCGCGUGCGGCAACGUUACGGGCACUACCGAAGGAGGGCAUGACCAGGGAUGUGCCGGCUGCUACCAUGGCACGAUGGAUUCGACCAGCAAGGGGAAUAGUGAAGAUUAAUAUCAACGCUGCGGUGGGGAGAGACAAACUCGUAGGUUUUGGAAUGGUGGCCAGGAACUACAAUGGGGAGGUUAUGGCGUCCGCUUCUAUGUAUCCAACCAUGGUGUUAUCGCCAACCAUUGGAGAGGCUCUCUCGUUGAGGUGGGCAAUGGAGUUAGCUACUCAGUUGGGAUUCAGGCGAGUUCUUUUUGAGACAGAUUGUCUUCCUUUGUUCCAGGCUUGGAAGAAGGCGACCGGGUGCUCUUAUUUAUUUACAGUUAUUCAAGAUUGAUUUCGUUUUUGUAAUUUGUUCGACUUUGUUG